CACCCUGGCGACUCGACUCGCGAGUGGCGCGGAGAGGCCAGGCUCGCCUUUCUUCUUUCCCCACCGCCUCCUUUUCCCCCCUUCUCUCUUUUCUGCUGGAGGGGGUGGGGAGAGGAAAGAGAGACAGAGAGAAAGGAAAUUUUUUUCCGAAGCUUCCUAACCAGCGAGCCAGCGCACAGCGGCCCAUGGCUUCGCUGUACCAAAGGUUCACCGGCAAGAUCAACACCUCACGCUCCUUUCCGGCGCCCCCGGAGGCCAGUCGCCUUCUGGGUGGCCAGGGACCGGAGGAGGAUGCGGGCCCGAAGCCCCUCGGGCCGCAGGCGCAGGCGGCGGCGCCCCGGGAGCGCAGCGGUGCUGGUGGCCGGCCCCGGUUCCAGUACCAGGCGCGGAGCGACUGUGACGAGGAGGACGAGCUGGUGGGGAGCAAUCCUCCACAGAGAAACUGGAAAGGAAUCGCCAUUGCACUGCUCGUCAUUCUUGUCAUCUGCUCUCUGAUUGUCACCUCAGUCAUCCUGUUGACCCCAGCGGAAGAUACCAGUCUAUCUCAGAAGAAGAAGGUGACCGUGGAGGAUCUUUUCAGUGAAGACUUCAAAAUCCAUGACCCAGAGGCAAAGUGGAUAAGCGAUAAGGAAUUCAUCUACAGAGAACGGAAAGGGAGUGUCAUACUGCGUAACGUUGAAACAAAUAAUUCCACGGUGUUAAUAGAAGGCAAAAAAAUUGAAUCCUUAAGAGCCAUCAGAUAUGAAAUAUCCCCAGAUAAAGAGUAUGCGCUGUUCUCCUACAAUGUGGAGCCGGUAUACCAACACUCCCACACUGGAUAUUAUGUUCUGAGCAAAAUUCCUCACGGGGACCCUCAGAGUCUGGACCCACCAGAAGUCAGCAACGCAAAGCUUCAGUAUGCAGGGUGGGGCCCGAAAGGCCAGCAGCUGAUAUUUAUCUUUGAGAACAACAUCUACUACUGUGCACAUGUUGGAAAGCAGGCGAUCCGAGUGGUCUCUACAGGGAAGGAGGGCGUGAUCUACAAUGGCCUCAGUGACUGGCUAUAUGAAGAGGAGAUUCUGAAGAGCCACAUUGCGCAUUGGUGGUCACCAGAUGGUACAAGGCUCGCCUAUGCCACCAUCAACGACUCCCGGGUUCCACUUAUGGAGCUACCAACCUAUACAGGCUCUGUCUACCCCACUGUGAAGCCCUACCACUAUCCUAAGGCUGGCAGUGAAAACCCCAGCAUCUCCCUCCAUGUCAUCGGUUUGAACGGACCCACCCACGACCUGGAGAUGAUGCCACCUGAUGACCCUCGCAUGAGGGAGUAUUACAUCACCAUGGUGAAGUGGGCCACCAGCACCAAGGUCGCUGUGACCUGGCUGAACCGGGCCCAGAAUGUGUCCAUCUUGACCCUCUGUGAUGCCACCACGGGUGUCUGCACUAAGAAACAUGAAGAUGAAAGUGAAGCUUGGCUCCACAGACAGAAUGAAGAGCCUGUGUUCUCCAAGGAUGGCCGCAAGUUUUUCUUUGUCAGAGCGAUCCCACAGGGGGGCAGGGGUAAAUUCUACCAUAUCACCGUAUCAUCAUCCCAACCCAACAGCAGCAAUGACAACAUCCAGUCUAUCACCUCUGGGGACUGGGAUGUGACCAAGAUCCUGUCCUACGAUGAGAAACGGAAUAAGAUCUAUUUCCUGAGCACAGAGGACCAGCCACGGAGACGACAUCUCUACAGUGCCAACACGGUAGAUGACUUCAACAGGCAGUGUCUGUCAUGUGACCUGGUGGAGAACUGCACCUACGUCAGUGCUUCCUUCAGCCAUAACAUGGACUUCUUCCUGCUUAAGUGUGAAGGCCCUGGCGUACCCACUGUUACCGUGCAUAACACCACGGAUAAGAGAAGAAUGUUUGACUUGGAAGCAAACGAGCAAGUGCAGAAGGCUAUCAACGAUCGGCAGAUGCCUAAGAUUGAAUACCGGAAAAUUGAAGUAGAAGAUUACAGCUUGCCAGUGCAGAUCUUGAAGCCAGCCACCUUCACGGACACAGCCCACUACCCCUUACUGCUCGUGGUGGAUGGUACCCCGGGGAGUCAGAGCGUGUCGGAAAGGUUUGAGGUGACCUGGGAAACAGUGUUGGUGAGCAGCCAUGGAGCCGUGGUGGUCAAGUGUGACGGCCGAGGCAGCGGCUUCCAGGGAACCAAGCUCCUGCAUGAAGUACGAAGGCGGCUAGGCUUCUUGGAGGAGAAGGACCAGAUGGAAGCCGUGAGAACCAUGCUGAAGGAGCAGUACAUUGACAAGACUCGGGUAGCUGUGUUUGGGAAGGAUUAUGGUGGGUACCUGAGCACUUACAUCCUCCCAGCCAAGGGAGAAAAUCAAGGUCAGACUUUCACCUGCGGCUCUGCGCUCUCUCCAAUAACAGACUUCAAACUCUAUGCCUCUGCAUUUUCCGAGAGGUACCUUGGCCUCCACGGACUCGACAACAGAGCGUAUGAGAUGACCAAGCUGGCACACCGUGUGUCAGCACUGGAGGACCAGCAGUUCCUGAUCAUCCACGCUACAGCUGAUGAAAAAAUCCAUUUCCAGCACACAGCUGAGCUCAUCACUCAGCUGAUCAAGGGAAAGGCCAAUUACAGCUUACAGAUCUACCCAGAUGAAAGUCACUACUUCCACAGUGUGGCACUCAAGCAGCACCUGUACAGGUCUAUCAUCGGCUUCUUUGUAGAAUGUUUCAGGAUCCAGGACAAGCUACCAACAGCCACAGCAAAAGAGGACGAGGAGGAGGACUAACCACGCUUGAGACCUAAGCACAGACAUGAUGGCUCUUUCUACAA